AUGGCCCUUAUACACUAUACCUUGGAGCAAUUGGAUCUAUACCUGAAGUGGGCUUUGGUCAAGCAUGGCGAGUCCACGGAGAGUCCUACAACCGCUCGUUAUCCUGGCGUCUUUGUCGGUGAUCUUAGCCAGCUGAAUACCUUCAAGCGGAAUGCCUUCUCUGCGGUGGUGGGCACUUUGUUUGUCCUGGCUUUCACCGGAAAUCUGGGUACUCUCUAUGUCAACACCCGCCGGAAGCUGCGUCCCUUCUUUCGGGCUUGCCUGAUAUCCUUAGCCUGCAGCGAUCUGGCCUCCACAGUUUUCUGUACGGUGUCCUACAUGGCACAGUUUCAGGCGGAGUAUUUGCAGCUUUGGACAAUUGGCGGCUUCAUGUGCAAGUUUGUGCCCUUUAUUACCACCACUUCGGUGCUGUCUGGUAGCCUGACCCUGGUGGCCAUCGCUUUGGAUCGCUACCUGGCUGUAAUGCGACCUGUUCUGGGCUUCUGGAAUCCCGACUAUCGCUUCAGCACCCUCUGCAUGCUGCUGAUCUGGGCCUGCUCCAUAGGCGCCUCAGGACCUUUACUAGGAAUCUAUGAUUACCGCUGGAUAUAUCUUCUAGAGGUGGAGUGCGACCAGGCCGAGGAGGAGCCAUCAACCAGCAUAGUUACAGUUGAGCCGGAGGAGGUGGUCGUUACCGAACUGGAGCUGGUCCAUAUGUGCCUGGCCGGAGACCACGACGUUGGACUCUACUACGUCAUACUAUUUACCCUGAUUUUUCUGCCCUGCAUCGUGUCGUUCCUCUGGCUGAAUGCCACGAUAGCCAGGCAGCUGUGGCUCCGCAGGCACUACCACCAGGAGCAGCAUGUCCAGCGACAGGAGCCCAAGGAGGGUCAUUUCAAGUCACUGGGAUCGUCGGGCAAUGGGGAGCUCCUAAUGCCCUCCACCCUGGUCAGUGCCAUGGGAGUGGCCAUACCCUUUGCAUUGGAAAAGACAGGUCCGCUGCCACCAGCAAAUACCUUUCGAGCGGAACCUGUGAGAAAGACCACGGCAGCUGCUGUGGCCAGGGAAGCGAGGCAUAGGAAGAUGGUUGUGGUGGUCCUGAUGAUGAUGGCUGUGUUCAUUUGCCUGCGUCUGCCUGCCUGGGUGUUCCUGAUCAUGCGUCUCUAUGGCUCCUAUUCCGAGCCCGUUGACUGGCUCCUCUACUUCAGUUUUGGCAUCCUAAACCUAUUCAGUUGUGCUCUGAAUCCGCUUUUCUAUACCUUCCUCACCCAGACCAUACGCACCGUGACGCUGAUGAAGCAGAAAGUCCGUGGAUUCUUGGGCUGCAGCAAUGGCAAACCACAGGACGGGGUUAUGCCAAUGGAUCAGGCGAACCGGAGCAGGUGCUGCUGUGGCCUGAGGGCACCCACAUUCAGCUGGCGCUGCUAUCAAGCCAAGGAGAAGCAAGGAGGAGCUACCACCAUGGAGAUAAAGGAUUUGGAGCUGCAGUUACCUGGCCAACCCUCGGGUGAAGUGCAGCAGCAGCAGCACUCGGAGCCCAGUGGCCUUCGGCGCUUCAGCUUCCUGAGCUUCAAGCGUGAGGUGUUCACCAUUUACAAGCAGUGCGAUGACUCGUCGAGUGCGUCAAUCGAGUCCUCCGCCUGA